CUUUAACACUGGUUUACUUGGAGUUGAAGCGGUAGGACAUACUGAGGUCCUGCUUUUAGUAUCAUACGCGCAGAAAGCUUCUCAAACUCUGCAGCUGAAGCUCUUUAUGUGAAAACAUGAAUAUGAGUACAGAUGAUCUGGAUGUGUACAGUGGAAUUGACUAUGACCCUAACAUCACCUACGACUAUCCAGGGGAUGAGUCUUUUGUGAAAAGAGGCAGUGAGGCAGUGUGGGUCCCUGCUCUGUACUCCAUAGUGUUUUUUGUUGGAAUCCUGGGAAAUAUUAUUCUCCUGACAGUUCUGGUUCAAAAGAGGAGACUGUGGCGCAUAUCGGACACCUUUAUUCUCCACCUGAGUAUCGCGGACAUCCUCCUCCUGUUAAUGCUGCCCUUCUGGGCUGCACAGACAACUGAGCUUUGUGAGUGGUUUUGGGGGAUUUUCAGCUGGGUCUUUGGGGUCGUUUUCAAGCUCAACUACUACUGUGGGGUCCUUCUGCUGGUUUGCAUCAGUCUUCAAAACUAUCUGUCAUCCAUCCGUGGAAUCCAGUUAUAUUCCCACGGGAGGCACUGGUUAGUUCACAUCAGCUGCCUGUUAGUCUGGCUUAUCUCUGUCCUCCUCACUGCACCUGACUGGAUUUUCCUGGUGGGUAAAAAUAAUUACACAGAAGAUAAUACUUGUGUUAAUAUCUACCCUCAAUCUGGAACUGACUGGCAGUUGUGGUCACGCCUGCUCCACCACAUAUUUGGCUUGGUGGUACCUGCAUUCAUGCUGAUGAUCUUCUCACAUAUGCUAUGGCGGCAGUGCAGCUCUAAUGGGGCCCGAAUCCAGAGAAAUGUCACCGUCAUCCUGUCUCUGGUGGUCGUAUUCUGUCUGUGUUGGAUGCCGUACAACUUCAUACUUGUUUUGGACACUCUCCAGAACAGACUUCAGAAACAUCCUAACAAUUCACAUGAAAGUUCUGAAAGUUCACUAAAAACCCUUCUCACGGUCACCUCUGCGUUAGGCUGCCUUCACGCCAGCCUGAGGCCUCUGCUGUAUCUCGGCCUGUGUGGAAACUUCAGGCAACACUUACUGGCCAUGCUGAGAUGUAGUAAAACUGAACCAAAAGGCUCACUCUGGGAUCUUGGUGUAGACCAGAGACAGCAGCCUGACCACGGUCAGGAUCAACAGCAAGAGCUGAAACAGGUGACGGUUGUAGAGAAUCCGUUAGCUUAUUGAAGAUGAAAAGAGAAAUAUGCUCUCUUCUGACUCAGAUGUGAGCAGCAUGUUGUUUCACUCCUGAGAGGAUAUGAAUUCAAUCUCAUGUCAACGCAUGGAGGACUUUAUUCUGUGUAACUGACAAGUAGAUAUUUAUCUACAAAAACUACUUUCACAUUUCACUAUAAUGCUAAGGUUUUGGAGAUCCAUCACGGUGACUCAUACUAAUCCAAAAGCACAAAAUGUAGCUCUUUCUUAUUAUUUUAAAUAAAAAUAUAUAGUUUUUUUUUAAUCAAUAGUGAAAUAUCUGUGCUGUUAGUGAACUGAUUUUAACACAUUUAUCAUUAAGCUAACGCUGUAAUCAUUGAAAGUUGAUAUACUGCAAACUGUUAUCUGUGAUAGUAUUACUGACUUCUUACAUUAAACAACACAUAAACACUUUUUGUAACUUUAUUGCCAUAAACAUAGUUUCAUGUUUCUUUUUAUGUCAUUGGUGGGCAACUCCAGGCGUCGAGG